GUAUUAAAUGAAAAUAAUUUGUUUAUAAGAUAUAUUAUAACAUUUUAAAUAAUAUAAAACAAUCAUUAAAUUCAAUAACAUUUUAAGUUGUUGGCUUCCUAACACCGUAUUUUUGUUUCUUAGUUUUAUACCAAAUACAUUCAUAUAAAAAAAAGGUUAAAUAAAAUGUAAACAUUUCUAAUUUGCAAUAGUUGUAAAAAGUGUGAUUAAAAUGCAAAACUUGCCAAGACUUUUCAAAAGAUUUCCUGUGUUUAAUUUAGGAAAAUUCAUGAGCACGAAAUCAAGAACAUUUGAAGAAAUUCAAAUUCCAGUUCCUUGGGGACACAUUGCUGGAAAAUGGUGGGGAUCAAAAGAUAAAAGACCUAUUUUGUGUAUUCACGGAUGGCAGGAUAACUGUGGAACAUUCGAUCCUUUAGUUCAGCACUUACCCUCCUGCGUACCAUUUCUAACCAUAGAUUUGCCCGGGCAUGGCCUUUCGUCUCAAAUACCAUCGGGACUUUUUUAUAAUGGUUUCGACUUGGUUAUUUUGUUAAGAAGAAUAAUGAAUUAUUUUAAUUGGUCUAAAUUGUCUUUAAUGGGCCACUCAUUGGGGGGUAUUACUUCUUAUCUAUACGCAACCACUUUUCCCAACAUGGUUGAUUUUGUUAUAUGCUUCGAUACUGCAACCCCCAUGACGGAAAUAGGUGGACACGUAAACUGUACCCCAGAAAUAAUUGAUAAGUUUUUGUUUUAUGACGAAGCAAAUUGUUCAAAUAAAGAACCGCCAAGUUACCCCUAUGAAAAUUUAGAAAAAAUACUCCACAAAGGCUCGGGAGAGUCCGUUGAUUUAGAUAAAUGCAAAUAUUUAAUUGCUCGUAAUGUUAAACAAUCGAAGGUCGAUACUAGUAAAUAUUAUUUUACGAGGGAUCCCAGGGUUAAAUGUCAAUUUUUUAUGGCGUGGUUCUAUAAAAAAUUAGUCAAAGACGGUUCAAAAUUUAAAAAUCCUGCGAUGGAGAUUGAAGCGGUUUAUGAUUUUCGCGAAAAUUGGAAUCCGUUCCUUUAUAACGAAAUCAUGGACAUAUUUAAAGAAAAUAAUGAAAACUUUCAACUUUAUAAAUUCAAGGGAACACACCAUUUCCAUUUGAACAACUCGGCUAAAGUUUCCGAAAUAUUAAAUCCGUUUAUAGAAAAAUAUUUUUCAGGGGACCAAUAAAAUAGCCAAAUUUUUUGUAAUAAUGUACAUACUUAUAAUGUUAUGUAUCUAGUACAUUAAAAAAUUAGUCAUUGUA